GCUGGUGAGACAGCAGCGGACUGAAUCUAGGAGCGGUUUUCUGUACCUGAAGUCAACGUCACCUAAACCACCGAAGAAGAUGAGGCUCCGGCUCAGCGUCCUGUUCCUUCUGCUCCACAUUGGCUGUCUGUCUUUAGCAUUCGCCAGUAGCAGGCUCUCUGGCGACACCCGCAGUUCCAGCUGCGAUGGCCGCCGCUCGGAUGUCCAUCACCGUCUAGAUGAGUACGACGAACAUAUGGUCUAUAGACAGGCCACGGAGGAGACCUUGAGCAGGGUCCACCCAUUGCAGUCACUCGCCCGUGAUGAUCGUCGAAGCGAGAGGAGCGAGGAAACGAGGGUCCGGUUGGCAAAUUCUCCAAGGGAGAAGGAACCUCGUCACGCUCGUGAAGACCGGGAAAAUCUUCGUGAAGCUCGUAAAGUACGAGAUGAACGUCGUGAUGCUCGUGAAGUACGAGAUGAACGUCGUGAUGCUCGUGAAGUACGAGAUGAACGUCGUGAAGCUCGAGAGGAACGACGUCAACCUCGUGAAACUGCUGAGGAACGUCGUGAAGCUCGGCAAGAACGGGAUCAACGUCGUGAAACUCGUGAGGUCCGCAAUGAACGUGUUGAAGGUCGACAGGAACGUCGUCAAGCCCAUGAAACUUUUGAGGAACGUCGUGAAAAUCGUGAUGAACGAUCGGAUCAACGUGAGUUACGAGAUGAACGUCGUGAAACACGUAAGGCAGGGCUUAAUCGUCGUGAAGCUCAUGAGGAAAGGGAUAACAGUCGGGAUGGACGGGAAGUGCCUGCCGAACGGCGUGAAGCUCGUGAAGAGCGAUCAGAGAACCAGUUAGCUCGAGAGGACCGAACAGAACGACAAUCGGAACGAGACACAACCAUGCGGCAGGAGAAUAAUCGAUUUGAUACAGUCAAUGAAAGGCGUGAGGCUCGAGAAAACCAAGAACGGUUGGAAAGGGAAUCGGAUCGGCAAGUACGUGACAAUCAAGAACGUCGUGACGAUCGAUUGUCUUUCAGCCGCGAAGCGCGUGAGAUUCGGCAGCGUUUUGAUGACCGAUCUGUGGAUGAUGUAAGGGCCCAGGGAGACAUUUCUCAACGAAUCCGAAUGGAAGAACACGAUAAUAAUCGACGUGCAAAUCUCCGCCAAGAGGACCGUGCUAAUCAUCGCAGGGAAGAACAAGAUUUGGCUCGGAAUGAGGAGAAUCGAAGGAUGGACGAAGGCGCAGAUAUGCCACGGGAUAACCGAUUGUCAUUGCGUCGAGUGGAGCGAAACGAAAUUCGUCGAGAGGAUCGUGAAGAACGUGAGCGACUCGAGGUUGAACCCAUGAAUCGACUGGAUAAGCGUGGCGACUUGAGAGAGGCACGCAAUGUUGAUAGAAUUGAACGUAGUUAUUCUAGAAGAGAAGACCAGCGAAUGGAACAAGAAAACCUGAGGAGAGAAGAACGAGAAAAUUCACGACGCGUACAGGAAGACAUUGUGCGAAGUGAAGAGCGAGAAGUUCGGAGGAAUGUGGAACGAGAUAAUCUCCGAGAGGAUAGGGCUUCCAUUCGUCAAAUAGAGCGCGAUAAUAUCCGCCGAGAGGUUCGAGAUGAGCGAGAGGAUCUGGCCAGAAAGGAGCGAACCGAAGGUCGUCGAGUAGACCGAUAUAAUCUGCGCAGUGAUGAUCGAGACGAAGACCGUAGCGAGGAGCGAGAGAAUCUACGCAGGGAAGAGCGAGGGGUAAGCCGAGAGAAUCUCCAGAGGCAAGCGGUUAAUUCACUCCGUCGGAUCGAUCAAGCAGAUCGUCGCAGGGAAGAGCGAGAAGAUCAGCGAGAAAAUCAGAGGAGAGAAAGCCUGAGGAGGGAUCUUAUGAGACAAGAACGAGAAGUUCAGAGCCGCGCUGAACGAGAGCAAGAGCGAGUCCGUCAAAUGUCCGGAGUUACCAGCUUGGAGCACGAUAUUCCCCAGAUUAAAGCCAAGGGCUGGCUGAGCUAUGGCAAGCGGGAAAUACUGAUGACCAGCCAAAUCCUGCUCCUGGCCGCACUCUACAAAAAAUCCACGGCCAACGGCAAGGGACUCGGCAAUGCUCUAAACGAACAGAUCCAGGGCUACCUGCAGGCCAUCGGCUGCUAAACUGGACGAGAAGAGGAGAAGGAGGAUUAGCCGCGAAAGGAGACCCAGAACGGAGAUGGAUACGGACACGGAUCAAGGAACAUGGCACGGAAUGCACCAACGGAAAAUGCAAAAGGACCCGGAAAACCCGAAGUGAGAGAGCGAGCGGUGAGAAUGGGAGAGGAUGCGGAUGCGGAUGCUAAUGCGGAUGUGGCGCAGUCGAGGAGUGGAGGCAUCAUCUCGCCCUGGCAUAGUACAAUUUAAUCCAACUGUUACUGUAACCUAAACCCCUUUCUGUUAGCCAAAACAAG